UAUAGACUGCGCUAUAGCGCGCGGAUGAUCCGAGAUUUACCCAGAAAAAUUCAAAAGGAAUACCGGGACAUUUGCGUUUUAUUUGUUUUGAUGUGUUUUAUUUUAGUUUAUUAUUUCUUUUGACGUCUGCGUUUAAAAUUAAAAAAUAUGUGCCUUGCAUUCUUUGUCUAUUUAUACACUUAACAGAGCCUCUUGGCGCACCGGUUCAUAUUUGGAUUAUUGUUGUCAUUGUGUGACUGAGUUUGCAAUAAUGAAGAAACUGACCUAUGUGGCUCUUUUAACAUUUGCAUCAGCUUGCAUGGUUGAUGCCAGCUGCCCAGCUGUGUGUAAAUGUCCCACCAUGCCCCAGAUGUGCCCUGCUGGAGUGAGUCUGAUGUUUGAUGGUUGUGGGUGCUGUAAAGUGUGUGCUGCCCAACUCAACCAGGACUGCAAUACUCACAAGCCCUGUGACCACCAUAAGGGUUUGGAAUGUAACUACGGGAACGAUGUGAUGUUGGGAACAGGUAUAUGUCGAGCCAAACUGGAGGGCCGCAGCUGUGAGUACAACGGUCGAAUGUACCAGAACGGCGAGAGUUUCCGUAUGGGCUGUAAACACCAGUGUACCUGUAUAGAUGGAGCAGUGGGUUGUGGUCCUCUCUGUACCACGAACCUGCCCCUGUCAUCACCCUCCUGCCCCUACCCUCGACUGGUGCGGGUGCCUGGCCAGUGCUGCUUUAGUGUGGACUGCCAUAAAGGGGCAAUAGCACCACUGAUGCCCCCAUGGAAAACAAAGCAGCAGGCUAAUGGUCCCCUAGACAAGAGCGAGAAUGUGCUGGGGAAUGAGUUGUGGGAGAGGAGGAAUGGAUGGGAAGAUGAACAGGGAUAUAAACACUUACCAAACCCAUUUGCCAUUGUUCAGACGCGAUGUGUGGUCCAGACGACCGACUGGUCUCCAUGUUCGAGUAGUUGUGGAAUGGGCGUGUCCUCUCGAGUAACCAACAACAAUGGUCAAUGCAAGCUGGAGAGAGAGACCCGCCUGUGUAACGUACGACCCUGCAGCCCACUGGCUGCUGUGCCUAAGAAAGGGAAGAAGUGCACACGCAUGCAAAAGUCACGAAAACCUGUUCACCUGUCCUAUGCAGGCUGCCGUAGCGUCCAAGCUUACAAACCAAACUACUGUGGCGUGUGCACUGACGGGCGGUGCUGCGUGCCACGACGUACCCGUACCGCCUCAGUCCUUUUUCAGUGCCCUGGAGGAGGGAGUUUUGACAAAGCAGUCAUGUUCAUCUACUCCUGCAAGUGUGGACAAGACUGUGGGCACCUGAAUGAAGCAGCUAUGCCACCUCAGAAGUGGCUUUAUGGAGACACACACAAGUUCAUUGACUAAUUUUCUGUGAAGACUUUCUAUGGCAUAAUUUGAACGUAUCAUGACGACAGUGCACAACACAUUUGCACUGAAAUGAGAAUAUUUAAAUGUAGUUUAUCCCACACAGCCCACUGCUGACUCAAGUGAAGGCAUAUAAAUAGAUUACAGUCCUGUUUUGGGUUUUUUUUUUUUUUUGCCUUGCAGGUUUGGUUGAGAGUUCUGCUGGUCAGCAAGUAUGAAUGGAUGCAUUGGUUUGUUGCAUAUAUAUUUUGUAGUUACACUUAUAUAAGUAUUCUGUAACACUGACUGCUUCAUGUAAAUCCUGACAAAAAAAAAAAAAACCUGAGCUUAUAAAAAAAUUCAAAUGAGCCAAGGUGAUAAUUGUUUGUAGAUUAGUGAGAAUUAGAAAGUUAGAUUUUAGACACUUUGUUGGACAAAGUGACAAAAAGGUCAUUAAUUAAGGAAUAAUACGCAUCAGGGCAUGCUGUUAUAAGAAAAUAAUCAGUGACAGGGUAGUUAGAUGCUGCCUGCCAUGAAAGAUAGUUACUGUUACCCCAAAGUUAUCACUUAAGGAUCCAUUGCUACUGGCAUGCUUCAUUACCAUAUUUUGUCAAUUUUGCACUGAUGUACAUUUACGGCAUUUGGCAGACGCUCUCAUCCAGAGCGACUUAAAUUUGAGUAGUUAGGGGCCCAGCAGUGAAUGCUUGACAGUGCUGGGAUUUGAUCUCACGACCUUCUGGUGAAAAGUCCAAUGUCUUAACCACUGAUGCAUCAAGUUUAACAUCGGCAGGACUGACGCAAAUAAUUAUAGGACAAAACUACAGGUAUUCAUUUACUAUAAACUAUGUAUUAGGUAUUGUUCAUGUUAACAGUUUUCAAUCUUCGGCAGCUAAAAGUUUAAAUGUUUCUUUUAUUGCACUAUUACUCAUGAACUCUGAUUGUAACUGCAGUAAAUAAACCAGUACUAGAAGUGGCUCCAAGGUUGCAGCACAAGAGAAUAAAGAGUGAUUUUUGCCUUCCA